AUCGCAAGCAUUGUUCGUUCGCAGGCGUAACAAAUACCUGGUUUUCAGGAUUCGAGGAAUAUUUUAGGAUAGUUUUAUGGUGACGGCAUGUGUGUCGAUCCGUUAAAGAAAAUAUGCCAUUGGGGUCCGCUCACUGCUCUUGGAAUUAUAAAGAUAAUUACUUUGAUGACAAUACAUUGUAGUAGACAGUGGUGGCCACCGCAAGAAAGUUUCUUUGGAGCAGUUAAUUUUAUUCUUUUCUUUUGUCUUAGUGGCUCUACUCUCUUCCAUUUUAUUAGUGCUAUUUACGAAGGGCCUGGGUUUCUUCCAUUAAAAUGGAUGCCGGGAAAAGUGACAGACACCCAAUAUUUACAAUAUUGUUCUGUUUGUGAAGGAUACAAGGCACCAAGAUCUCAUCAUUGCAGAAAGUGUGGUCGUUGUGUUAUGAAAAUGGAUCACCAUUGUCCAUGGAUAAAUAAUUGUGUAGGACAUUACAAUCAUUGUCAUUUUACAGCAUUUUUAGCAAGUGCGGUUGGUGGGUGUUGUGUUUCCACAUUUACACUAGUUUCUUGGGUGAUGACUGUGUUAUCAUUGAAACCAUUAUUAUUUCCACCACCUUCUAUAUUUAUUCUGAUAUUAGUUAUCUUCAGUAUUGGCUUGUCAAUUGGUGUUAUUCUUGCUGUUGGAACAUUACUUUAUUUUCAACUACUAUCAAUAAUAAAAAAUAGAACAGAAAUAGAAGCUUGGAUUUCAGAGAAAGCUCAUUAUCGAAGAUUUGGAACUAGAGACAAAUUUGUUUAUCCAUACUCAAAAGGAUGGCGCUUUAAUUUACGGCAAGUUCUUACAUGGGAUUGUACACCGGUAGGUGAUGGAAUUCAUUGGCCUGUUGUCGAAGGUUGUGACCAGUAUACUUUAACGCGGGAACAAUUAGCUCAGAAAAAAGAUAAACGAAAGAGAGCUAAGACUUAUAGAGUUAUAGAAGAAGCAUAUGGAUCGCGUUUACCAUUAACACACGGUUGGGGUGUACUUUGUCAUCCACCUUGCACCGAUGAACCCCGUAUUAAGCUCAAAGUUGGUGAUAUCGUAAUCGUAACGCGAUGGAGGAAAUACUGGUUAUUUGGAGAGAAGAAGCAAAACGAGGAGAACGAGAAGCAAGUACGAACUCGUGGUUGGUUCCCACGGCCUUGUGCCAUUGAAGUGAUUGAGAACGAAGCAUAUUCCUCCGCCUUAACAAAAUCAGAUUAAAACAUUCCUUCUCUGUGUAGAGAUUUUAUAGAGCAUUUAUGAAUGUACCAUUGAACAGACGGGAAUAUUUUUAUCUAGUGUCUUGUAUGUAAGUGUUUACGAUGGAUGAGUGUCUUUAAAAAUUGUAAUGAUUUAAUAUAGAAGAAAUUUGCUUUAGAACAAUUAACAUUUGAAGUACCAGUUACUAUAUUUAUUACAUAAGCGACGAGAUUAAAUUACUUUUAAAGUAACUUGCACAAAGUAAGAUUUCAUUGUACUUUUUCAUUUCUUUUUUUUUUUUAUAUAAAUAUAUUUGUGAUAAUGUGUAUUUAAAAUAUAUGCAGAAUGAAAAAUUUUAUUACAUUUUUGUAUAUGAAGGUUUAGUAACGGGAACUGUGUUUAAUAUACAACUAUGUGUAAAUAUUUUGUCAUUGUUAUUACUGUUGUAAAUAACACUUUCGUUAUUUGUGCAACAAUGACUCGAGUGGCAUUUUUUAAUUCAUCUGGUACAAAAGAUUUUAAUAAUAUAAAUUCGUAAUUUGUGAUUCGUAGUGAUUAACUUAUUCUUCGAAUAAUUAUAAAAUAAUACAUUUUAUCGAAUUACAUUUUUAUGAAUUUUGUAAUCAAUGAAUAAAUGUUUCGCUGAAAACCGUG